CAUGAAGGGCGGGACGGACAGGAAGCUGCCACGCUCACUGGAGAUACAUACUAGCAAACUACUGGCAAACCAUCAGCAUACCUCAGAGAGGAAACAGCUUAUUUCCACUGCGACCGUCUCUGCUAAAAAUCAGGAAAUCCACAAUUAUGUUCCUGUCAGGCCUAACGCAAACAGGGAUGUUUCCAUACACAGUAUGGACGGGAGUCCAAAUGAACAGCUGUCCAGUGCCCAUUCAUCUAUCGUCUACAGUUCUGUGUUGCUGGCUAAUCAGAACAAGCUCUCAACAGUCCUCGUGGAAGAUGUGGAAAAAACACCACCUCCUCUACAAAUUGCAACCUCUGAGGACGAGGAUCCGGUUGGACAGCUGACGUUGAAGACCACGCGAGACGCAAACGGUCAACUUAAGUUGACGUCAGUCCAUUUCCAUGUAGAAAAGCUUGAAUCUAAAAAGGACUUGGUUUUAGCUCAGCUGAAUCGCUUGAAUAGCUCUGAAUCGUCGGACUCCGGGUGUGUGGAUGAGACGCUAAACACUCCGACCCCAAGGGACUCUGACUCAACUCAUUCAGAUCCACUUGGAGUUUACCUACGCAAUGACGUACUACCAAAAGAUGUCAAUCCAACUUCGGAAUACAAACAAAACUGGAUGCCUCUAAUUGCGCCUAAAGACAAGCAAGACUACGUGAGCAGAGAUCAACCUUGGGGGUUUUCUGGUUUUAGAGAAACAGAGGAAGGCGAUUUAAAUGACAAUGCAGGAAUGCCAGGAAAAUUUCUUCAAGGUUGGGUGUUACAGAUACAAGAGUGACACUUUACUAUUCCUUCAAGCAUUGGAAAGCUUUUCUUAUCGACUGUACCCUUCAAGAAAGUUGGACAAGUUACAAACUUACAUUUCAGUCCCUUCAGGAUAUACAGUAUGUGCAUUGUGAUUGACUAGAAACUUGUCUGUUUUGUCGAUACAUGCUAUGUGAUUGAAUGGAGGUGAGCCCAUCGUUUCUCUACACGUGGUCUAUGUACGUAUGAUCUGUGAUUGACUAUCAAAAUGUUCACUGUUUGUCAAUUUGAACUAAAAUCUACUGGUCACUAGUCCAUAAUGAGGAAUUUGCUUUUGGCAGGAUUUGUUGACAAUUGACUAGAUUUUCAGUGAAGUUUCAGUGUUUGGCAAAGAUUUUGCAGAAUCCUGGAGGCCUUUAGACCAGGGGUCCCCAACCUUUUUUGCACCACGGACCGGUGUGAUUAGGGUCUUUUUUUCCACAGACCGGUGUUCUGUCAAAUUUUGCACCCAUAUAAAAUUUUGCUCCAAAAGCUUUUGUGGCAGUGAAAAAAAGCCCUCUUUUAUAUUCAGUUGGACUCUUAAUGUUAUCCAACGGUGCUAAAAAAACUUAACAUCACAAACAUACAGUGGGGCAAAUAAGUAUUUAGUCAGCCACUAAUUGUGAAAGUUCUCCCACUUGAAAAUAUUAGAGAGGCCUGUAAUGGCGUACCGCACGCAGACUAUUUUUUGACCGUGACGUCGCAUCGUAAAGCGGAAGUAAACCCGAAGUGGGACAUUAUAGACCAGCCCUCGCAUAGACUUAACGUAAUUUGUGCUAAUUUUCGCCGGUAAUCUUUCAAAAACGAACAUGCCGAUCACGCAUUGCUUUUUUGGAACUUGGAGAAACUACUCUAGACAUUACGACACAUGAAGGAUGUUUCUUCUUACGUUUCCGGAAACCAAAAACUCGGGAGGAAAAAAUGUGAAGACCGAAUCAAUUUGCGCGGACUUUAACACCAGCUCGGUGAAUCCAUUCACAUUUCGUAUGCAGUAAACAUUAUGUUGGGUUGGCAUGGUCUUUCAGAGGACAAAGAGCUAAGCCAUUUUUAUAUUUUUAACUUAUUCUUUUAGCGUAACGUCGUGCUGUACUGCUUCUGUCUGACAAUGAAUGACCUGAAAAGAAUUACAAUGGUAUCUGACUGCCACUGUUACCGUUUCUGUUAUAUAUAUAUAUUAUAUAAAACAACUUUAGUAAGGGGGAAGUGUAAAUAAAUUAUAGAAUUAAGAUGUGUUAUCAAUGAAAAAACUAAAAAAGUUCGUUGGCUGUCACUGAGUAGCAUUUGCGAUCGCUACACAAAGCCAACUAAAUUACCCCCAAGAACGGUAAGAGACGUAGGACAACCAGAGGAUAUAUAAGAAAGACAGGGCUGAUGGUAAAGGAUAGCUUGUUGAAACAGGAGAAUGUCAUUGUCAGUCGCGUCGAUAAAAAAGCUAAAGCUAUGCUUAGGUCGGCUCGUUUUUUUCCGUAUUUUUCAGCCUUCGACACUCAAGCCAUCUCUUUAACUGAAGAUUUUUAUGUUCUUCUACAUCUUUGCCAGUGAAUUUGGCACCAGGCACAUCAUUUUCGGAGAAAAUUGGGAGGUUUAGCUCUGUAAACAUCUCCUUCGUACACGAUUUCCAUUCAUUUCCUAUUAGGGACAAACCGUGGCUUCUCCCUACUUAGCAACAGUAGCUAAUGUCAUUAAUAUUAAUGAGCGGAAGUGACGUGUUGCUUGCGGUACGCCAUUGCCAAUUUCAACAAUGGGUAAACCUCAACCAUGAGAGACAGAAUGUGGAAAAAAAAC